AUGGCUGGUCUGCUGGCGUGGGCGGCCGACGUGGUGGGCGGCGGCCACGGCGGCGCCGGCGGCGAGGAUGGGCAGUUCCCGGAGGUGGUAUUUACUCCGGAUCAGGAGAGGCACGCGCGGGAGCUGGACCAGAAGGCAGCGUCCCUUAGGCGCUCUAUUCAGGAUCUGCGCCGAAGGAUCCCGCCCGCUGACAUUGCACAGCGCCUACCGCACCUCCACGCCCAUUCUCUCGCCUCCAACGCCGCACUUGCACUUCAGUUGAACGCCCAUUCCACAACCCGGCAGCAGGUAGCGUCUUCACAUGGUGGAUCAGACAGGGAUCGUUGGGGCCCUUAGUUUUUCGAGGCCAGAUUUGUCCUUUUCCCGCCUUUAAGGUGUAGUCGGGCCUUGUAUAUUUCUUCUAUUAAUUUUCAACUUGGAAUGGGAUAUUAUUUCGUUCAGAUGGAAUUUCGAUUACGCCCUCCUCUGGUUUGUAGGGAUUCUACGUCUUUUCUCAGCUAAUUACAGUCAACGUCCACCUGAAAAUCGGCUUGGAUAAUCUGGAUUUCUUGUCUCAUUUUCUCUUAAUUUGCAUUUUCUCUUCUUCUAGGUACAACUAAGAGAGGAAACUUUACAAGAGGAAAACACUGCAUAUGAAAAGGCUAUAUUAGCAUGUCAAAAGAAAAUUCAAGAGAAGUUGCAAGAAGCAAGUCUGCUCCAGAAUAAACUAAAGGUUGGUUAUUUAAAGUUCCGAUUUAAAUGCUUAUUCAUUUCUUGUUCUAAAUCCCAUCCCAUGGAAGAUAAAUUUGGUGUGUUAAUUUCUCUUCUGAAUAAAUGGUUUUAAUUCUUAUCAAAGUAAUUUCGUUGCGGUUGUCACCAUUCUUUUACAAAAUAUCUUUUUGUGAGAGUAACAGAGGACCUGCUUAACAAUAAAGAUUUUGAAAAUUUACAUGUGUUGUAGUUUUCAUAUCUUUUUGUAAAUUGGCAUUGGAUAUCUGAAAUUGCAAAUGGAAGCCACACCGAAAUUAUUUUUCUCUGUCAAUAUCCCCAUGAAAUAUUCUUGGUCCAGGUAUCUACGAAAAAAAAGAAUAAAAAAGAUGAAGUAUGGCACAAAUGUCAUGGCAUACUGCUUAUAAUUUGCGGUUAGAGGUCCACAUUUGAGGUUCACAGCUCAGUUCUAUGAUCUUCCUCCUUCCACCGUGUGGAUUGAACCCGUUUCCUUACUAAAUAUAAUUCUAUAGGCUCCAAUAGAUCAGAUCAAGAGUGAUUCCUCACCUAUCCUGUAAGGGGGGAGGCUCGGGUUUAGAUUUUCUUGGUAGAGGCUGUGUACUCGCAGCUCUGAGCUGUGAGUACUCCAGUAUUUAGUCAAUGUUUUGUAGUCAUUCUUCGAAAUGCAUCACCGUUAUCUUUUUUAUUUCCACCCCUAAGGGUUCAAGUUGCUCCAUACGUAGGUGGUUUAGCUCUGAUCAUUCGGUUAAGAAUUAUUGUGGUAGUAUGGGUAUUAAAAAUUACAGGAAACCUGCUCUUGUACAAACCUUGCUAAAUCUAUGCAUCAUCACUCAAAGCAUGAAUGUCAAGAUAGAUUGGAUGAAGAUAGUUGGGGUAAUCUUCUCUUCAUUUGAACAAAACAAGUGCUGGUCUAGUCUGUUGAAAGAAGCGCAGUUUCCUAUACUUUAAAGUCCCAGAGGAAGUGAAAAAUGUACGAAUGUAAUUAACUGACUGAAUCUAGUUUCCCAUACGAUGGUUUGCAUAGUUGAUCGUUUCAGAUCAUCUCUGAUACAGCUCCAGUAUUGUGGUCUAGGAACCUAAUUACUCCUAUAAAUCCAUAACUUAAGAAGAAAGAAACUUUAGGAGUAAACUGGGUCAUUUGAUUCAUGUUAACGUCCUUAAGUAAGACAGACACAAGCCUUUCAACCUGGCACCAGCACUGCCAGUUUGUGAUCUGAUAUUUUGUGGCUGAAAGUGCAUUAGGAAGCUGGGGGAACCUCCAACAUUUCUGUCCACCAUUUCAAUCUUCCAGAGUUUUCUCUUUAUUGCAAACAGGUAUUUCAUAGCAUGAUCUACAAAUUGCACCAGAGAACAGGAGACAAAAAGCCUUCUGAUGUGCUGCUGUCACCAUAGAAGAAGAUGGAGGGGUGCACUAGCCAGAGGAGGAAGAGAAGAGAAAGAGGGUAAGGCAGUUAUGCAAGGAAAGUCAAUCAAUGUGUAAAAAUCAUCUCAAUUAGAUUUUAUUUUUUUAAUAACUACGUUUGUUCAACACCUUAAGUUGAUUAAUAAUUGAUAAGGUUUAUCACGAAAUUAGUGGAGAACAGAAACGAUUCCUAUUGGAUUUCAUGGGAUAUAAUUAGUAGAUUUUGUGCCUAUAACUAUUAGGAAGAACUUUAUACUAAUAAUAUUUGUAUUGCAUGAUCUAAUGUUUGCUUGGUUGGUCUCUAUGCAUAGUGCCUGGGAUAUUUUGUAAACAAUUCUUUGUGUUAGGCCAACUUGGUUCUUUUCAAGCUUCAUAAAUCUGACAAUUGAAUUUAUCUUCAAGAAUUCAGAAUAGUGUACUAUAUGCUAGCAUGCAUUAUGUAAACUGAGUUGACUUAUUUUGAUUGUUUUAUUUUUAUUUGACAUGGUUCAACUACUUUCAACAUUUGUUACUAAACGUAUGAAUUAUUCUUCCCGUCCAAAAAUUUUCUUUCUCAGGAACUGGACUUGGCUGAGGGGGAGUUGAUGGCUAAACUGGAGAAACAACAGGCUAGUUUAGAAGAUAAUCAAUCUAGAGCAUCCUUAAUAGGUUCUGAGGACACAGAAAAGAUUCAUCUGAAUCGGAAACCUUCCAGAACUGUCUUGUUGGAACAGUUAGAUGAAAAGAAAAAUGAGUUGGUUAGUCUAUGCCCUUGUCUCAUGUGAAGGUCAUACAUCAAAUAGUAAACUAUUGACAAUGUUCCAUAAUGUUUAUAGAGUACGUUUGAAAUUACAGUUCGUGGUCUGGAAGACAAAUGGGCUGCGAUUCAACAAGAUUCUCUGAGACAGCCUUCAUCAGGUAUGCUCAACAACAGUAUGGCAAUUUGUUCUCCCUGUAAAAUGGAUGGAUUUCAGAUUUGAUCUUUUUGAGUGUUACCUGAUUCUUUUUUAAUGUUCUUGGUGUCCUUAUUCAACAUCUUCUAUUAAUACAAUCAUUGAGCCCCGAUUCUUUGCUGUUAGUUAAUGAACUUGUUACUAGUGGAAUCUUUAUUGCAAAUAGGUUGCCCAUGGUUUCUGGUUGUAAGUUUUAUGAAUAAAACUGUAGAGCAUAAACAUUUUCUUUGAUGAUCACUGAAAUGCCGCAGUACUCAUGAUAAUCACUGAACCAGCCCUCAUGCCGCAGUACUCCUGAUAAUCACUGAAAACUGUUAUCGACCAUUUACUCUGCAUUCUCCAUUGAUCAUGUUAUGAAGUAAAAAACUUCUUUUUUUAGAACUUACCGCAGUUGUGAAAAAAGUUCUCAAGUUUGUGCGAAGUUCAUAUCAUUUGAAAAGCUUAUACCUCUGCAACUUGAAGGGGUCACUGCUUGGGAAAAUUUCUGCUUUGGCUUGUUGUUUUUCACUCAGACAUGUAUAAAUACGGUAAAUAUUUUAUAAAACACCAAAAGAGAUAACAUUGAUGAUUAGCUGAUAUACCCCUAAGUUGGACGAGUAAUUUCUGGAAAUCAUUAGUUGUCCAAAUAUUAGUUGACAAGGUGUCAGUUCCUCAAGCAUUUGCUCUUUAUGGAGUCCUUUUUUGCAGACAGUGAUUAAGGGGGGUCCCCAAGAAUUUGCUCUUUAUGGAUUCUCCAAGAAUUUGCUAAAAAUAAGUACGAUACAUGCCAAUCAAGACUACUGAUACGAGUUGUACCUCUUGUUAUUCUAAUCAAGAGUGCCGAAUGUGAGGAUGAACGUUAAUAACUUGAUUGCAUUCUCACCUGGUGAGUAAAUAUAAUUGAGAGAGGGAGUUCGAGAGGUCAAAGAGAUAGACCCAGUGAAGACAAUAGGCAGAAGGCAUUAUUGGGUUGUCAGAGAGUGAUAGAGCAACAUGGUGGGCUACUGAGGACCAUCGAAUUGUGUAUAAGAGCAACCUUUCCAUCCAGGAAGCAGAUGGGUCAUUGCUAGUGAGGAUUAUUCAUAGUUGAUGGAAAGGGCAACCUUUCUAUCUCAAGGGAGCAGGAUGGGUGAAUACGACAUCAGAGUCAAUCAUGCACUGGCCAAGGUCUGCUAUCAAAGGAAGCAAGGGUGGACUCAACAAAUAAUCUAUUAAGAUCUUCCUGCUGAUUUUGGUAGAUCGCUAGGUUCGAGUUGAUAUUUGACUAUUUUGGCUAUUUAUAGAAAAAUUUACGGUCUAUUUAAGGCCCUUGGAUAUCCCGACCGUUUUUUAUACCUUUUAGAAUCAUUCGUGGCCGAAAUUCCUGCCCAUUAGUUAUGGGGGCUGUUGGGACUUCUAGCCCAGAUCUAAGAAGGCCCUUCCGAGGCCUCAUAUUCCUCCUAUAAAUAGGAAGCUGAACUCAAUGUCAAGGUCCUACUCCGGUGUGAAAUCAGGGUCCCAAACUGUGAAGUUGAGGUUGAGGGUUAUUUUAUCCUUGUUUGAUCCCUAACUUUCCUUGGGCUGUGUGGGAUCUCUACAUCGUCAAGAGAAGCAAAGUCAGUGACAAGCCUUCGCACACAAGAUCAGGGUAUAAUCCUUCUCAAUCAUAUUCUGGAUCCCUCAUCUAACUCGCUAUUGAUGUUCUACUGGUUAUACUUAUCUUUAACUUCCCACCACCCCUACCUCCAUGGCCCUUACUCUAGCGCAUCCUUAACACAUCAUUAGUAGCCACCCUAGCCAGAGGAAGUUUCCUUACUUCCUGUGAUCUGAAUCUUGUUUUUAAAGCAAUUCACCCUGCUAGUGACACUAACUGGAAAAUUAAUCCUAAAGUGAAUACUCAAAGAGAAUGCUUAUUUGGUUGCUCAACCAGUUUUUAAAUUGAUAUUUUCUAGUCUCUCUUAAAAUCAGUCACAUGUAUGGUGCGUUCUCCAUCAAUGGGCAUUCAUGGGAACGUACAAUUUAGAAAGGCUGUCAAAAGGGUGAUCUAGUCCCUUGCCUACUUUCUAUAAUAUGAGGGAUGGAUAACACAAGGGGAACUGCACAUUCAUUUUUUCCUCAUUGGCUGAUGACCGUCUAAGCAUCUAAUGUUGCUCUAUCACUCUAAUGUUGAGGACAGUUCUUCAGCCAUUGAUUGGAUCCCCAUCUAAUGUUGUGUCACUGUGGUCCGGACUUGAGUAGUAGAUAAUUCUCGCCAACGCAAAUGGGUACGUGAUUUGUCAACGUUUAGUUUAAAGGAAAGUCCAUACAACUAGGGACUUUUUGUCUCAUUCCACAUGGACUUUUUGAAAGGAUUCCAAACAGAAAAAGUUUAUUCAUCUUGUUUGGAAAACCUUUUUCCCCACAUUUUCUUUCUAUUUAUUUUUUUUAAGCACUUAAUUGAUGUUACCAGCUCAUGCAAAUUAUUCCGUAGCACUAGUUUGUGCUAGUGAGUAAGUGCCUAAUUACACUUGGACAUAGGCGUCAAUGUAAUUGAGAAAAAGCUAAAAAUACUUCACCUUCUGUUUAGAACAGUGAUUGUUCUUGUUGCGCUCUCAAUGUUUGUUUCAUAUUGAAAAUCGCCUCUGCUAAUUUACCCUUUUUUCAGUUCGUUGGAAUAACUGACAGAUAUUUUCUUAUGAGCAGCUCAAAGAGAGAAGUCUUUGGAGAAACAGCUUCAUAGUCUGAUUGAGCAACUAACAGCAAAGCAGGUAAGUGUUGGGUCUCAUGUUGUUGGACGUUUACCUGUUAGAGUCUCUGAUGUUUAAUUCUUUCUAUUUUUUGAGUCGCAUGUUCCUGGAAGUUUACUUGUGCAGCUUUAAAAAUCACAAAUUUUUCAUGUUAGAUUCUCUCAGAUCUCGUGUUCUUGACUAAUUUAUUCGUGCAUUGUCAAAAUUUCAUAAUAUUCUUGCUACACUCUUUCUGGUUGCUUUCAGAUCGCAUGUUCAUAUAUCCAUUAGAAACGCCAAAGUUUCUAGCAAUUUUUUUCCUGGGCUCUUGUAGUUGUGAUGUUUUUGAAAGAUUUACCUGUGCAUCUCUUAAAAUCUCCAAAUGUUCUCCCGAAAUUAUUUAUGAUUCUUUUGCAUGCAAUGUUCUUCUGCAUCAGUUCAAAUCUCCAAAAUUUAUUGCUAAAUUCUCUCUGGAUUCUUUUACAUUUCAUUUUCCCGAAAUAUUCCCAGUUAUUAAAAUUUCCAAAUUUUCUCCCCAAGUUCUUUCUGGACUCUUCAUAGAUCCCAUGAUCUGGGGAAAACUUACCUGGGCAUCUGUUAAAAACCCCGAAUUUCUCACCAAACUCUUUCUGGACUCUUCAUAGAUCCCAUGAUCUGGAGAAAACUUACCUGGGCAUCUGUUAAAAACCCCGAAUUUCCCGCCAAACUCUUUCUGGACUCUUCAUAGAUCCCAUGAUCUGGAGAAAACUUACCUGGGCAUCUGUUAAAAACCCCGAAUUUCUCACCAAACUCUUUCUGGACUCUUCAUAGAUCCCAUGAUCUGGAGAAAACUUACCUGAGCAUCUGUUAAAAACUCCGAAUUUCUCGCCAAACUCUUUCUGGACUCUUCAUAGAUCCCAUGAUCUGGAGAAAACUUACCUGGGCAUCUGUUAAAAACCCCGAAUUUCUCACCAAACUCUUUCUGGACUCUUCAUAGAUCCCAUGAUCUGGAGAAAACUUACCUGGGCAUCUGUUGAAAACCCCGAAUUUCUCGCCAAACUCUUUCUGGACUCUUCAUAGAUCCCAUGAUCUGGAGAAAACUUACCUGGGCAUCUGUUAAAAACCCCGAAUUUCUCACCAAACUCUUUCUGGACUCUUCAUAGAUCCCAUGAUCUGGAGAAAACUUACCUGGGCAUCUGUUGAAAACCCCGAAUUUCUCACCAAACUCUUUCUUCCCGGCCCCCAGGCUCAAGCUGAAGGUCUGAUAGGCGGCAUAAAGGAGAAAGAACAGGACUUGGAGAGACUGAGCGUGCUUUGGAGGCGACUUGAGGCUGGAAGCUCCGAAGAAACUUCUGCGAGGAAUCGGUUUGUGAGGAGCCACCGGGGAGGAUCUUCUUCUUCUUCCUCCUUGGAUCAACCGAUGGAAGCCCCACACAGAUACUUGAACAAUGGCAGGGUCGAGAGAGAGCAGAAGCUCGUCGUCCUCAGGUCCACUUUCGUUAUCUAUAUCUUGGCUCUGCAGUUGCUCGUCUUCAUCAAAAUCUCCUUCUGA